UAAGUAAACUUCCUAUAAAACCUGGAAUUACUAGUAAUUUAAAACAACUCGCCACCUUAUUUUUUAUUUUAAACGUGUAAAUUGUUAAGCGAAAUGUAAAACAGAUUUCCAUUGAGGGGUUCUUGGUGUCUGGCUUCACAGUGUGUAUCUAUGGGAAUCCACCACCAGCGACACAAACACACACCGCAGGCAAGGAAGAAACCAUAGCGAUAUAACCCUUGCGUACUUUAAAAAAACCAUGUCCAUCAGUGUGUUUCUAUUAACCACCUGACAACGUUAGUGUGCUGUCUACAAAAUAGUAACCGUUAUAUUAUAUGAUAGUGGCUUAUGAGGCCGGUAGCCGUAGAGUAACGCACUGAAUGGCGAAGAAAAGAGCGAGACGCGGCUAGUCUGAAGCUGCGACUCCAGCAGCCGAACAAGAUGAUGCGACGUCAGGGGGUUUAUGGUCAAAUCUGCGGCUAAAUUAAUGUGUACUACUGGAUAAAACACUGUAGUGGCGAUUUUGAUCAAUCUUUUACAGGAUACGACUAGUUAGCUGACUGUAAACCAGGUGAAACUGAAAGGGUGUUGUUGUUAGCUGGGCCAAAUCGUCACAUUUCUUUACUCCAGCCUAUUUUGGUCCGGACAGUUGGGAUCUUUUCUAACAGACAAAAUGGCAACAGGCUCCAGUUUUCAUUCCGGAGGAAGUGGGUCUAGAAACGGACCAUCUUUCGCAUCACCAUCUUCCUCCUCUGGAGUGCCAGGACAGGCUCAGCCGAUGGCGGUGGUUUGGGAAUGGCAGGAUGAUCUGGGCUACUGGAGGCCCUAUACUGGACAGGUGAGCAGCUACAUCGAGCAGUGUCUCCAGCAUCAGAGAGGAGCAGCGACCGCCAGCAACAGCAGCAUCUGUCUGGCACAGGCAGACCCCAGCCUGUCUGCGUACAUCAUCGACAUCCCCAACCUCAAACAGUUCAGACAAGACACCGGAAAGAUGCGUGCUGUGCGGCGAUCCCUGUUCCCGCAGUCUUCUGCCCUAGGCAGUGGUGUUCUUUGGGAGUGGGCCAAUGAUGAAGGAGGGUGGACGGCGUACGAAAUCCGAACCUCCAUUUUGCUGGAGCACAGCUACCAGGCAGGGCAGGCCACAGCUGACCUGAGCCCACAGGGCUACAACUACAUUGUGGACCUCACCGCUUUGGAACAAGUCAACAAGACCUCUAGCUACAGACGGCGCGUCAGGCGGCAAGGCAGCAUGCCGUAUCCUCUCACCUCUGGGUCGGUUAUUCACUCGGGCCCAGCCUGUACCUGUCACCAGUGCGUGAGCAAUAGCAGCACCGCUGGACCAAUGCUGAGCCGGUCACGGCAUUCAUUCUCCGCGGGGCAGGCCAACAGGCCCAGUCUCCAGACGCAGCAUGGAAGACUUCCUGGAGCCAGCUCCUCUUCAGCCUACUCGCCCUACCCCAGAAGACCUCUGUCGAUGGGAUCCCUGUUAUGGAACAACCCAUGGAGCACCCCUACUUCGGUGGCUCAUUCUACAGGACCGCCACAGGCUUUUGGUCACCAUGCAAAUGGCUUAAGCAUCCCAACCAUCCCUCUACACAUGAACGGAUCCAGUAGUGUGAACUCGGCGCUGGCAGGCAUGGCUUCCAUUUUGAUGUCAGCUGCAGGACUGGGAGUUCGCUUCAUGACCGCCCCCUUCUCCCAGCGUGGCUCCAGCAGGCCCACCAAAGGCCAGCCCAGCUCCGUUAAGAGGGCAAAGAGACAGUCCAGGACAGCUCCUGCUCAGAAAUCAGAGGAAGUCAUUAAGAAGUACAUGGAGGAAGUGCCUGUGGUUCCAGAUGAGGACUGUAUUAUCUGUAUGGAGCGCCUGGCCUGCCCGUCUGGUUAUGAGGUCCCAGCUGAGUGCUCUCAGUCUCUUCAGCCCAACACUGUGGGCAAAUUCACAAAAUGUGGUCACACCUUCCACAUGCUCUGCAUGCUGGCCAUGUACAACAAUGGAACAAAGGACGGGAGCCUGCAGUGCCCCUCAUGUAAGACAAUCUACGGAGAGAAGACCGGCACCCAACCAAAGGGUAACAUGGAUAUCUACAGUAUUCCUCAGUCUUUGCCUGGACACCCAGACUGCGGCACUAUACAAAUCAUUUACAACAUCCCGCCCGGAAUACAGGGUCCUGAGCACCCAAACCCAGGCCAGCCGUAUACGUGCAGAGGAUUCCCUCGCUUCUGUUUCCUUCCUGACAAUGACAAAGGCAGAAAGGUGCUGGAGCUGUUGAAGGUGGCGUGGACACGGCGCCUCAUCUUCACCGUGGGCACUUCCAGCACCACAGGGGAGCCUGACACCGUCAUUUGGAACGAGAUCCACCACAAGACGGAGAUGAUGUCCAAUGUCUCCGGCCAUGGCUACCCUGACCCUAACUACCUGGACAAUGUACUUUCAGAACUGGCGUCACAGGGUGUGACGGAGGACUGCCUGAAACGAGACGCUCAGAGCCAAGGGGCUCAAGGUUCAGGCAUGUGAAACAGACCAUUCCAUCUGCUGUAGAUCUAAUAAAACUUGACGUAAAGGAAAAACUAGAGUUACGAUGUUUGGCGAGAGGUUUGGAUGUAUGCGAAUGUGCAAGGGUUGGCGGCAACUUCCUUCAUCCCAGUCUAGAAUAUUAACGCACACAUGGGGUCACUGGCUUUGUGGUCAUCUUUACAUUCACCAUAUUGUGAGGCAGCUAUAGAUGGUUCUGCAGGAAUGGCUCUGUCUUAGAUUGACGCCCGAAUCUCGGGCCAAGAGGAGACUCGCCCUCAGUCAUCAAUUUUGGCAUUCAUCACAAAAUAUGAUUGAUCGUAGGGCUGUGAUGUCCUUCCUGACGCACUACAUUACAGUAGAGCACCUGCGACAAUGAUCCUCGUACUAUUGCUGGGAAUGGGAAUCGAUACAAUAUUUCUUUAAAAGCAUAAACAUACGAAGCCACAAAUUUGCACAUCAAUGCAAAUCAUAGAUCUUUACUAGUACUGUAAAAUGUACUGCUUCAGAAAUUAAAGGCACUUUUUUCAGAAUCUGCAGCUAUGAAUUUAGUUUUUAUUGUUUUAAAAGGUUUUUAACCUGUCAGAUUUGGUGAUGCCGUUCACUUGCUGCUAUAUUAUUUUUUUUUUAUUCCGAUCAUAAGGGACUUUAUUUUUGUCUUGAUUCCAUGUAAUAAGGUUUCUAUGGUAGCGACGUUUUAAUCUCACAAUUCUGACUUUUUUCUCGCAAUAUCGAUAUAAACAAUUGCGAGUUAGAAAGUCAACAUUUUGGCAAUUUUCACAAUUCUGACUUUUUUCUCGCAAUUGCGAGCUUAUAUCGCAAUUCUGACUUAUUUUCUUGCAUUUCUGACUUUUUUCUCAGAAUUGUUUAUCUCACAAUUCUGACUUUUUUCUCAAAAUAUCGAUAUAACUAAUUGUGAGUUAGAAAGUCAGAAUUUCUGCAAUUUUUCGUAAAUUCUGACUUUUCUUGCUAUUCUGACUUUAUUCUCACAAUUCUGGCUUAUUUUCUUGCGUUUCUGACUUUUCUCAGAAUUUUGCGUUUAUAUCUCACAGUUCUGACUUUUUUCUCACAAUAUCGAUAUAAACAAUUGCGAGUUAGGAAGUCAGAAUUUCUGCAAUUUUCGUAAUUCUGACUUUUUUCUCGCAAUUGCGAAUUUAUAUCUCGCAAUUCUGACUUCCUAUUUCGCAUUUCUGACUUUUUUCUCAAAAUUGUGAGUUUCUCUCUUAAUACUGACUUUAUUUCUCAGAAUCGCUAGUUUACAUCACGCAAUUCUGAGGAAAAAAAAAAGUCAGAAUUGCGAGAUGUAAACUCGCAAUUGCUAGGUAAAAAAAGUCAGAAUUGUGAGAUUAAAAAGUCGCAAUUAUCUUUUUUACUUUUUAUUCAAUGGUGGAAACUAGUUUCAAUAGGUUUCUAUUGAAAUGAACCGUUUUUAUUUUUUUGAAUAUACGUUAAUUUUAGCUAUUUAAAAAUACAAGACUUUUAAAAGCUCAGCAACAUUAUGUAAUGCUGUUUAAAAAAUGUCAAUGCUUAUUUAAUUAUAGUCCAGAUCCUGAAAAUAUGUGUAGAAAUGCAAUUCCACAGCAUUAUUAUUGAGUUGCAGUAUUAGAUGGUGCCACAGAGACAAUCAGCAGUGUUUGAUUAAAUUACAGUUCAUUACCACUGCGAGUCUGGAGACAUUCAUUCAUUCAUUCAUUCAUCAUUAUCUCUUAUUCCAUAGUAUGGGAUAUUUGGUUUUACAAUGUAUGCAACUGUAUAUAUAAAUAUAUAUUCAACUUCUAAUCAGCAAUAAACGUUACUCCAUAUAACAACA